AUGUCAUCUGACGAUGGAGCUUGGGACGGAAUGGUUCUGCCAUCACCUUCACCGACGGAGGCUGCGUGGAAAGGUGCUCCCUUGCCGGGACCUCUUCAGACUGGCCAGCUCUCGCCCGUCAGUUCAGGUGUCGACACUGGCUUAGACAGCUGCUCAUCCCUUCCAACAACAGCACACUCCGUGUCUUCAUCUUGCACCGACUCGUGGAGUAUAGGAUACGCGGACCAAGACGACGGGGAAAAUGAGGCACCUUGGGAGUGCUGGGAGCAUAGCCAGGACGAAAUUAUGACGGCCCCAAAGUUAGAACCAAACGACGAUGAGAUCAAGCUGGGUGAUGUAGCAGCAGCCCCAUUAACGCCGGUACAGCACAGCACUCAUCCGCACAAUUCGGAGACUAAGCAAAAGCGACCCCGUGGAAGACCGAGAAAACAUCCUCAACCUCAAGCUGUGAACACAAAUAAAGUCACCAAAGGCCGCUCCAAAACCGGCUGUAUAACUUGUCGAAAAAGAAAGAAGAAGUGCGAUGAGGCCAAGCCACGAUGUAUGAACUGUGAGAAGAACGCUGUUGUUUGCGAAGGCUAUCAUGAAAAGCAAAUAUGGAAAAGUGGAAAAGAAAGAGCCGAAGAAGAGCGCAUGCGGCAGGAGUGUCAACCUGUGGUCACGAUGCAGCCAAUCUUUCAUGGGGUAGAGACUACUGAGGACAUGAUAUUUUGGAAACAUUACAUAACUCAUCUCAGCAACGUGUUGACUGUUGAAGGCGAGGCCAAAAAUGCAUUCAAAGACAUCAUCCUCCAACUCGCAAAUCAGCAUCAAGGUUUGAUGCACUCUAUUUUGGCAGUAAGCAGCAAGCACAUCGACCUGGACUCGCCAUAUGGUGCAAAGCUACUACAGGACAACCCUACCGCAACCAGGGACUCUUUGCAGCACAGAGGGGACUUUCAUCACGAGGAGGCAUUGCGACGGCUGUACACAGACAUGGAGAACCCGGUACCCAAGGAGGACCCCGCCCACGACACCGUGCUUGCUGCUCGAUAUGGACAAAUGCUUUGUCUGCUGCUCCAAACCAGGGCUGAGGGUAAUCCUAGAGGCGAGCAUCGGGUUCAUUUACAAGCAUACCAAACUCUUAUCCAACACUCGCCGCCGGAAAACGACAUAUUUCAUACGUUUAUUACCGAGUUCUUCCAGUAUCACAUUUACGCUGACGACCUCUUGUGGCAUUCCGGAGCCAACUCAAGCCGCCUGUCAUCUGAAUCCUUGGAGUCUCAGACCGAGAUACAUCCACCACGACUAAUUGGAGUCGGAGAUGGCCUAUUUCGAUGCCUCUCCCAUAUCACUACGCUUCGAAAUGUAAUUCGGGCAAAUAUGGCGGCGUCUGUCGACCCUGUCGUCGACUACACCAGCUUGUAUCGUGCAGCCGAGAUUGAUGCAGCCAUCAGAGAAUGGACUCCUCGAUGGCCACCUGGGGACAGUCGCCACAAGGUCGGGCCGCUCUACAAACAGAUGAUGUGGGUGUACCUCUUCAGGACCAUAUAUCCGCCGUCGCCAACACCCGUACGACGCUCUACGUUCGCGACACUACCUAUGUCCUCGCCACAGCACAAUGCUGCCAGCUUGCAACGACGAGCUUCUAUGGUUGCCAGUCUUGGCCCGACAAAUUCAGCCACGAUGUCGUCCAACGGCACGCUGGCGGGGUCUCAUGCGGCCCAAAGCUGCCCGUCAUCACGGAAUCCCUCUCGAACCAGUUCAAUGCAUGAGCAAGACGCAACUCGACCGAUCGGUGAAGGGUCGCAGGAAGACCACAAGCGAUCAUCUCCUCCACCUGCGAGAAGACCAGCGCAGGACGAUCGACGAAUCACCUUGGCAGUAGAGGAAUCUCUGACUAUUCUCGAGUCUUUCAAGCCUUCUGACCCAGCACAGACAUUGUUACUGAUACCUUGCACUGUCAUCGGCACCGCUUGCUUCGAUGUUUCUCAGCGCAGCCGAGUUCGAACAGCGAUUAAAGUUAUUCGCGGAUACACGGGCUUACGGAGCUGUGAUCGUGUUAUGGAAUUGUUGGAAGAAGUCUGGUCUCUAAUGGAUCAAGGUGACUGGACGUCUGUUUGGGAUUGGCAGUUCGUGGCAAAGAGAAUGAGGCUUGAUUUUCUCUGUGCUUGA